AUGUCAAAUGCUAUGAAGAAUACAAGAAACCAAUUCACUGUUACUCAAGAAAUGACACAGAUUCAGAAGAAGUAUAUUCUUCAGAUCACUAAUAAUAUUUAUGACCUUCCUAUUGCAGCUGAAUUUCGUGAUCCAGUCGAAACAAAAGAAUAUUAUGAAAAGCUAAAGAAACCAAUGGACUUAUCUAUCGUUUUACACAGAAUAAAAAAGAAUGAAUAUCAAUCUGUUGAAAAAUGGAAAGAAGAUAUGAACUUAAUUUGGAAAAACUACCAAAACGUGUAUUCAGAUCAAAGACAACUUCCAUAUAUUAUUGCCUCUGAACUUGCAAGACUAUUCAAGGAUAUGAGCGAUAAUAUUCCCAGAACUGAAAUUGAAGAAUGGAAAUAUAAAUGUAAACAAGCAACUUUGGAAAUUGGAACUAUCAUUGAAGCCAGACCUGAUCAACAGAAGAAGCUCAUCAACCCAUCAGGCUUAUUGAAACUUAAGCUCCCAGUCAAGCAACAUAAGAUCUUACUCAGAGUUACAUCUCAAACCAUAGAAAAGCAAUAA